CAGCCAUGUUAUAUUUGUGUUAAAUGGAGGCUCUAAUGUAAAUAUGGAUUAAUGUUUUGUCCAUAUUAAUAUUGGAGCCAGUAUUAAUGUGGUAGAAUGAAAGUUCAUAAACAAAUAUAAAAUAUUCUCUCCCACCCGUAAUAAACCUACAAUCGUCUGCCACCCUUUUCUUUCCUUGGAACAUAAAGUAGCGUACCACGUAGGAAAAACUGUUUUGAAGAUAAAGAAUUGUUCCUCGCCACUUCUUGAGACUCUCCCUUCAGAGUUAUGGCUGACUUUCUCGACUCCGAAGCGGAAGAAAGUGAGGAUGAGGAAGUCGAAGGAUACGGGAAAAAGAAUAAACGUGCAAAGGCAGUCGACAGUGAUGAUGAAGAUGAAGAAGAAGAUGAUGAGGACAAGCUUCGAGAAGAGCUAAAGGAUCUUAUAGAUGAUGCACCAAUUGAUGAAAGUGAUGGAGAAGAUUCUGAUGGAUCAGGUGGAAGUACAAAGCGUAAGAAACGGGAUGAUGAUGACGAUGAUGACUAUGAUGAUCGCCUUGAAGAUGAAGAUUAUGAUCUAAUUGAGGAGAACUUGGGAGUAAAAGUUGAAAGACGUAAACGUUUCAAACGUUUAAAAAGAAUUCAAGAUGAAGAAUCAGAAGAGGAGCAAGAAGAACAAAAUGAAGACGAGAGAGAUGCUAUUGCAAAUGAGUUAUUUGAAGGAUCAGACCACGAAGAGGAGAGAGCGUCAGAAAGAGGAAGGGUUGAAACAGAGCGUGUUGAUGAGGAAGAAGAUGAAGAGGGUGACUAUUCAGAUGAGGAUGAUUUCAUUGUAGAUGAUGAUGGUCGUCCAAUUGCUGACAAAAGAAAACGUCGAAAACCAAUAUUUAGUGAUGCAGCCCUGCAAGAAGCCCAGGACAUUUUUGGUGUGGACUUUGAUUAUGAUGAGUUUGAGAAGUAUGGUGAAGAUGAAUAUGAAGAAGAAGAGGAAGAUGAUGAGUAUGUUGAUGAUGACGGAGAAGAUACUGAAAGAAGGAGGCGACCGAAGAAAGCAGCUCGCAAGAAGCCUACUAGAAAGUCAAUAUUUGAAAUUUAUGAACCUAGUGAACUGAAGAGGGGACAUUUCACAGAUUUGGAUAAUGAGAUCAGAGAGAAAGAUAUACCAGAGAGAAUGCAACUUCGUGACAUCCCUGUUACACCUGUACCAGAGGGAUCUGAUGAACUGGAUGAUGAAGCAGAAUGGAUUUACAAACAAGCAUUCUGCAAACCUACUAUAUCAUGCCAGGAUGGACAUGGAGAUAUGAGAGAUAGGUCGAGAAAAGGUCCUCAAACUGUCGGAAAAAUCAAAAAGGCUUUAGAUUUUAUGCGAAAUCAACACUUGGAAGUUCCUUUCAUCGCCUUCUACAGAAAAGAAUAUGUUCAGCCUGAAUUAAAUAUAAAUGAUUUAUGGAAAGUGUAUAAAUUUGAUGAAAAGUGGUGUCAGCUACGAACAAGGAAAACAAAUUUAUUGUCAUUAUUUGAAAAAAUGCGGGAUUAUCAGGCAGAAGAACUGAUGAAGGAUCCUGACCAGCCAAUUCCAGACAGUGUUCGUGUACUAAAGGAAGAAGAUAUUGAAAGGUUGAAAUCUGUUCAGACCACAGAAGAGUUAAAGGAUGUACAUUCUCAUUUCCUCCUUUAUUACUCACAUGAAAUUCCAGCCAUGCAGGCAGCAUGGAGAGCUAAACAGAGAGAAGCAGCUCUGGAAGCUCGUCGCAACAAAAGGAAAAAGACUCCUGUUGAGGGAGAAGAUGGAGAAGAGGCAGAACAGGAAGAAAAUGAAGCUGAAGAGCCUGAAGUUGUCGAGGAACCAACUGAAACUGAAACGGUGAAGCAAGCUGUCCGUAGUGGUCCAUUCACAAUGUGCAGAAAAGCUGGCUUAGAUGGUUUGGCUAAGAAAUUCGGUUUAUCUCCUGAACAGUUUGGAGAAAAUUUGAGAGAUAAUUAUCAACGCCAUGAAGUAGAACAAGAGCCAACAGAGCCAACUGAAGUUGCAAAGGAGUUUGUCAGCAGCAAAUUUUCAUCAGUGGAAGAUGUACUGAAAGCUGUUAAGUUCAUGGUUGCAAUGCAGUUGUCACGUGAUCCACUUGUUAGGAAAUGUGUGAGAGAGACUUUCUUUGAACGUGCGAAGAUCAAUGUAAAGCCCACGAAAAAAGGCAUAAAAGAAAUUGAUGAAAGUCAUCCUUGUUACAGUAUGAAGUAUGUUAAGAACAAGCCUGUCCGUGAUCUGACUGGAGACCAGUUUCUGAAGCUGACAAUAGCUGAAACUGACAAGCUUCUGACAGUUACAAUCAGUGAGCAAAUAGAUGGAAUAACAUCAUCUUCAUAUAUUGAAGAAGUUAAACAGCUAUAUUACCGGGACGAAUUCAGCAAAAAUGUCCAAGAGUGGAAUUCACUUAGAGUAAAUUGUGUGGAGCUGGCACUGAAAUGCCUCCUGCUUCCAGAUUUACGUAAAGAACUACGAACAAAUCUUCUAAUCGAAGCAAGAGAAUCUGUUCUUAGAACAUGUUGCCGCAAAUUGUAUAAUUGGCUGAAGGUUGCACCAUAUUCAGUGGAGUUCACAGAUGAGGAAGAAGAAGAGUGGGACACCAGCAAAGGGUUAAGAGUUAUGGCAGUAGCUUACGUUCCAGAUUACAGUCAAGCAUCUUUUGCUUGUAUGGUUGGGCCCGAUGGAGACUGCACUGAUUAUCUCAGAUUACCCCAUUUGCUGAGAAGGAAAAAUUCAUUCAGAGAAGAAGAAAAGUUGCAGAAGGAAGCAGACUUACUUGCUUUACGAAAUUUUAUCUACACCAAGAAGCCUCAUGUGAUAUGUGUUGGAGGAGAGUCACGGGAAGCACUUAUGGUGGCUGCUGAUUUGAAGGAAAUAGUCAAUCAGCUAGUAGAAGAUGACCAGUUUCCAACAAUAGCUGUGGAAAUAUGUGACAAUGAAUUGGCUAAAGUGUAUGCCAAUUCUAUAAAAGGAGAGAAUGACUUCCGUGAUUAUCCUCAUCUGCUACGACAAGCUAUAUCAAUUGCUAGAAGAAUGCAAGAUCCACUUAUUGAGUUCUCUCAGCUUUGUACAUCUGAUGAAGAAAUCUUGUGCCUUAGAUACCAUCCUUUGCAGGACCAGCUGGUAAGAGAGGAACUGCUUGAAGCACUGUAUCUUGAGUUUGUGAAUCGAACCAACGAAGUAGGUGUUGACAUAAAUUUGGCUGUCCAGCAAGCAUACACAUGCAACCUUGUCCAGUUUGUUUGUGGCCUUGGUCCAAGAAAAGGACAGGCACUGCUGAAGUUGCUCAAACAGAACAAUCAGAGGCUUGAAAACAGGACCCAGCUUGUGACGUCUUGCCGUAUGGGUCCAAAAGUUUUCAUCAACUGUGCAGGAUUUAUUAAGAUCGAUACAAAUUCCUUAGGAGACAGCACUGAAGCGUAUGUAGAAGUCCUUGAUGGCUCAAGAGUACAUCCCGAAACAUAUGAAUGGGCACGGAAAAUGGCUGUAGAUGCCCUAGAAUAUGAUGAUGAAGAUCCUAAUCCUGCUGGAGCUUUGGAAGAAAUUCUAGAGUCUCCAGAAAGAUUAAAAGAUCUUGAUCUUGAUGCAUUUGCUGAAGAACUUGAGAGACAGGGCUUUGGUAACAAGAGUAUUACCUUAUAUGAUAUCAGGGCAGAACUCAAUCAUAGAUAUAAGGACUUACGAAGCCCAUAUACAUCACCUAAUCCUGAAGAACUGUUUAAUAUGCUGACUAAGGAAACACCAGAAACAUUCUUCAUUGGAAAAAUGGUACUUGCGACUGUUAUAGGCAUUACGCACAGGAAACCUCAAGGAGACCAGUUGGACCAAGCAAACCCAGUACGUAAUGAUGAAACUGGACUCUGGCAGUGCCCCUUCUGUUUGAAGAAUGAUUUUCCGGAACUUUCAGAGGUGUGGAAUCACUUUGAUGCUGGAGGUUGCCCUGGCCAAGCCACAGGAGUAAGAUUACGACUAGACAAUGGUAUUUCUGGUUAUGUUCACAUUAAAAAUCUCUCUGAUAAGCAUGUGAGCAAUCCAGAAGAGCGAGUUACAAGAGGACAAACCAUACAUUGCCGGGUAAUUAAAAUUGAUGUGGAGCGAUUUUCUGUGGAAUGUACAUCAAAAAGCUCUGACCUUGCUGACAAAAAUCAUGAAUGGAGGCCUCCUAAAGAUCCCUUUUAUGAUAAUGAAGCAGAAGAUAAAGACCUGAAAGCAGAAGAAGAAGCUAAAAAGAUGAAACAGCGGCAAACAUACAUAAAACGUGUUAUUGUCCAUCCUUCUUUCCAUAAUAUUUCUUUCAAGGAAGCGGAAGAAAUUAUGAAUCAGAUGGAUCAGGGUGAAGUAAUAGUUCGACCUUCAAGUAAAGGUGCAGAUCAUCUCACAGUUACAUGGAAAGUGACUGACGGAGUCUACCAGCACAUAGAUGUAAGGGAAGAAGGAAAGGAAAAUGCGUUUAGUUUGGGUCAGUCACUUUGGAUUGGCAAUGAAGAAUUUGAAGAUUUGGAUGAAAUCAUAGCCCGUUAUGUCAAUCCAAUGGCUGCACAUGCUCGAGACCUAUUAUCAUUUAAGUACUAUCGAGAUACUGAAGGUCUGAAGGACAAAGCAGAAGAGCUUCUGAAGGAAGAGAAGAAGAAAAACCCCUCUAAAAUUCAUUACUUCAUCAGUGCCUCCAAGAGCUAUCCUGGAAAAUUUUUGCUGUCGUACCUACCAAGAACAAGAUGUCGGCAUGAAUAUGUGACUGUGACUCCGGAAGGAUUUCGAUUUAGACAGCAGAUUUUUGAUUCACUAGGUUCAUUGUUCCGUUGGUUUAAAGAACACUUCAGAGAUCCAGUGCCAGGUACACCAAGUACACCUCGUGGUGCUGCAACCAACAGAACACCUUACCAGACACCAAACAUUAAUAUUGCUGGCAUGAACCCAGAAGCAAUACAGAGGGUUGCUCAGAAUAUGCCAACACACAUGUUGCAUAGUCUGUCUCAAGUUGCAAGCCAGACGCCACAUUAUCCUCACACUCCUGGUGGCGGUACUUAUGGAGCCAAUGUUCAUACUUAUCCAAACACCCCAUACACUCCGUCUGGACAAACACCUUUUAUGACUCCCUACCAUACUCCACAUAUGACACAGACACCUAGGUAUGGACAGCAGACACCAUCCCACACGCAAGGAGGCUUUUUGCAUCCAGGUUCUGUAACGCCAUCUCAUAGAACACCUUCUCAGAGAGCAGCUCAUACUCCACAUACACCACAGCCAAGGCCGCAAGUUACGCCACAAACCUCAGAGCCAAUGGACUGGAGAAAAGCUGCUGAAGCAUGGGCAAAAUUGAAAAAUCGUGAGGCAGGUUUGGGAACACCAAGGCAAGAUGGUCGAACAACACCACGUCAACACAGUGGAGGUUCAACACCACGAUUUGAUGAUAUAAGGAAGACAACUCCUCAGUUUGAUGAGGCUGGCCGAGCUACACCAAGAAGCAACAGUAGUGGCAGUAGCAGCUUUAACAUAAGUGUCAGAUCGAACAAUAGCCGUUUAGCUUAUGGGUUGUCAGUAAACAAUAUGAAAUCACCAAGAAGUACAUCUGGAUCAGGACGUGACAGCCUUCGAUCUACACCCCGCACUAACACUAGCCCACAUUCUAUGAUUGAAAGUUCUUUGAGUGGUGAUGCUACACCACUGUAUGAUGAAAACUAGUGUUUUAACAGAUUACAAUGUCAGUUACUGCUGUGAAUUCAUUUGCAAAACACCACUAACUGUGCUGUUCCAGUGAUAUUUAAAGACUGGGUGAAAACAAUGUGCUUAAGAUUUAUGCCUCCUUAAAAAGUAUUUGGAGUGUGCUGUUUGGCUUCAGAUAGUAACUUACCAGCUUCAGAUUAUCCUGAGUCUGAAAAGAAGUUGUUUUUAUAAGAUAUCUUUUGUAAUAAAGAUAUAUAAUUUGUUUUGUAUAAAUGUGGAUUAAGCUUUUGUUUAAAGGUAUAAUGAUUUUAUGAUUUUAUCAAAAAGAAUUUGAUUUUUGUACAAAUGUUAAAUAUUCUAUAUGUGCAGAAGGACCAUUCUCCUGGUUUACAUGAGAAUUAUUAUUUAUUUUUUACUGAAAUUUGUGAAAUAUUUGGAUAGUUCGAAAAGUUUCCUCAGAUAGUGGCAUUUGAUUUGUAUUGUAUUGGUAAAGAAGCACAUUUAUUGUCACUGCUAAUGGUCACACAACAUUCAAAAGCAAUAAUAACCUUCACUACAUUAUACUAGAUGUGUUCUUUCACAAACAAUGCAUUUCAUAUUUUCAUGUAGAAUAAAGUCGUGUUACAUUCAUAAUACUUUCACAGUCAAAUUAAUGUGUUCUCAUUUGUGCCACUUAACAAAUAGCUUUGAUACAUAAACAGUUUUAUACUUGUUUUAGUAAUAAUUUUUUACAUUUUACUUUCUAGUUGACUCUGUGAGAGAUGGAAGAGCUUUCAUUUACAGACUCCUUAGAAAAGGGCAGUCACAUAAGGGGCUAUGCACUUGUAUGCAAAUAGAAAAUAUUGCUCAUUUAAUCUCACACUUUCGGAAUAUGAGAGAUCCUAUGUCCUCUUGUUUUCAUAGGUAGAGAGGGGAUGGGGGCAAUAAUCACUCCUGUCUCAAAUUGUCAUUAGCAGGUGUGCCUCUCCUGUCUCUCAUAUUGUCAGUUUAAAUAUAUUGCUCCCUCUUUUUUUACUUCGGUCAUACUGUUCUCAGUCCGAACUGCUCUUUAUUCUUUCAUAACAUAUACAGAUUUGUCCAACAUUCAAAGUUCCUGAUGUUAAAAACUAUUCAAAUGUUAUAACUUUUUUGUAGAAGUGUAUUACAAAAGAUAUUUUUCCAUCCUGUCUUAAAAGUAUUUUUUUUUUCCUCUGGAUGUUAAUUACACCAAGUUUGUAAGUGUAUUUGAUUCAAUCUUCUCCAGAUUUUCUGGUCACAGCAAAUUCAAUCAAUCAAAUAAAUCUUAUAUGUUAUUUAGUGUCCUCUCCUCCUCUGCCUUGUUUUAGUCAUGUGUGCAGAGAAGAAAGUAUUUGCCAGUGAGAGUGUAGUAGCCAAAUUUUGCUGUCACUCUUACUACACCUCAUAUUUAAUCAUGGUAUGAUCUAUUUUCUCACUUCUAUUUGUCGUUAACUGAGGAAACUUUCAUUUUGUGUGAGGAAUUUUGAAACUAAAAGUAUGAUUUUUCCUGUUGCCUGUUAUCUGCUGAAUUCAAACUUGGGAUUAAUGUGAGCACUAUGUGCUCCAAAGUUUUUAAUUGUAGAACUGUCCUCUUUUUUAAAACAUUUUUUAGUGUUGUACAGUUCAUACUAAUUAAACGCCAUAAUAAAGUGCAAAAGCAGGCUUCUGGCAAUUCCAUU